CUCUCCGGGCUGCAGUGCUCUGUCUGACCGUGCGGCGGCGCUGUGAGGCCGGUCCCGCUGGAACACGUCCGAGAUAUGAGUCCCGGGGGACGGAGCGCAGGAUGGCGGCGGUCGGUGCUGCUGCUGAGGCCGAGUCGUCGGACAGUGAGCCGGAGCAGGAGCACGGCUCCCCGCAAAAACUCAUUCGGAAGGUCUCCACGUCCGGUCAGAUCCGAAGCAAGACGAUUUUAAAAGAGGGAAAGUUGAUGAAACAGACAAAUUUUCAGCGCUGGAAGAGACGUUACUUUAAACUGCGGGGAAGAACGCUAUAUUACGCUCAGACAGCCAAGUCAAUUAUUUUUGAUGAAGUGGAUCUGACGGAUGCCAGCGUAGCAGAAUCAAGCACGAAGAACGUCAACAACAGCUUUACUGUAAUCACUCCGUGUCGUCGGCUGGUUCUGUGUGCUGAAAACAGGAAAGAGAUGGAGGAAUGGAUCGCAGCGCUGAAGAGUGUUCAGAACAGAGAACACUUUGAGUCCACUCAGUUCUGCAUGGAUCAUUUCUCUGGGAUGCAUAACUGGUACGCCUGUUCUCACGCUCGCCCCACGUACUGUAACGUCUGUCGGGAGGCUCUGUCUGGAGUCACGUCUCACGGACUGUCCUGCGAAGUGUGUAAGUUCAAGGCUCACAAGCGUUGUGCGGUCAGAGCCACUAAUGACUGCAAGUGGACGACACUGGCCUCUAUCGGCAAAGACAUUCUGGAGGAUGAGGAAGGGAUCUCGAUGCCUCAUCAGUGGCUGGAGGGGAAUCUGCCGGUCAGCGCCAAAUGCACCGUGUGCGACAAAACCUGCGGCAGCGUCCUGAGACUGCAGGACUGUCGCUGUUUGUGGUGCAAAGCCAUGGUGCAUGCUGGGUGCAGAGACCAGCUCUCGCCGAAGUGCCCGCUGGGUCAGUGUAAAGUCUCAGUGAUUCCACCCACCGCCCUCAACAGCAUCGACUCAGACGGGUUCUGGAAGGCGACGUGUCCUCCGACCUGCACGAGUCCGCUGCUGGUGUUCGUGAACAGUAAAAGUGGAGAUAAUCAGGGGGUGAAGUUCCUGCGGCGCUUCAAGCAGCUGUUGAAUCCUGCUCAAGUGUUUGAUCUGAUGAACGGAGGGCCACACCUGGGCUUGCGUCUGUUUCAGAAGUUCGACACGUUUCGUAUUCUGGUGUGUGGAGGAGACGGCAGCGUCGGAUGGGUUUUAUCAGAGAUCGACGCGCUGACUUUACACAAACAGUGCCAGCUCGGCGUACUUCCUCUGGGAACAGGAAAUGACCUGGCGAGAGUUUUGGGCUGGGGCUCGGCGUGUGACGACGACACACAGUUACCACAGAUUCUGGAGAAACUAGAGAGAGCCAGUACUAAGAUGCUGGACAGAUGGAGUAUUAUGGUAUACGAGACCAAGUUACCACGGCAUCACUCCAGCUCCACAGUAACAGAGGACUGCAGUGAGGACUCCGAGGUGCAGCACAUUCUGACCUAUGAAGACUCAGUCGCUGCUCAUCUCUCAAAAAUCUUGACGUCGGACCAGCACUCUGUGGUCAUUUCAUCCGCCAAAGUCCUGUGUGAGACGGUAAAAGACUUUGUUUUGAAAGUCGGACGUGCUUACGAGAGAAACACAGAAAAUUCAGAAGAAUCAGAGGCCAUGGCUAAAAAGUGUGGUGUGCUAAAAGAAAAGCUGGACUCGUUAUUGAAAACUCUUAACGAGGAAUCCCAGGCUAGCAGUGUAUUGUCUGCGCCUCCACCCACCAUCGCUGAGGAGCAGGUGGAUGGGGAGGGUGUGUUUCUGGCUCCGCCCACAGUCACGCCCCCUUGCUUGCCUCGGCCACCCGCCGCUAUCUUCAAACCCCGAGAGCAGCUGAUGCUUCGCGCCAACAGCCUGAAGAAAGCCAUCAGACAAAUCAUAGAGCACACAGAGAAAGCGGUGGAUGAACAGAACGCUCAAACGGAGGAGGGUUUGCCUUCUCUGCCGGCGGAGGAAGAAGAGGAGGAUGAUGGCCACUCGUUAUCACCACUCAUUAGUGACAUACAGCAGCACUCGUUUACUCAUUCUGUCUCUCCAUCUUCAGCGUCUAAGACUCCAUGUGAGAAGCUCAUCAGUAAAAGAAGCCUGUCCAUAGGCAGCUCCGCCUCACUUCCUGCUCAGACAGGAAGCAGAGAGAACAUGCCCAUGCUGAACACUAAGAUCCUCUACCAAAGUCUCAGGGCAGGUGUGUCGGGCUCUUUUAGCGGCUCGGUGAUCACCAGGCUGCUGGUCAACGCUGAUCCAUUCAGCUGUGAUCCGGAGAACCUGGAUCUGUUCACGGAGAAAUGUGUGAUGAAUAAUUAUUUCGGGAUCGGUCUGGAUGCCAAGAUCUCUCUGGACUUCAACAAUAAACGUGACGAGCAUCCAGAGAAAUGCAGGAGUCGCACUAAAAACAUGAUGUGGUAUGGAGUCCUGGGAACCAAAGAACUUCUGCAUAGAACAUACAAGAACCUGGAGCAGAGAGUUCUGCUGGAGUGUGACGGGAGGCCGAUCUCUCUUCCCAGUCUUCAGGGAAUCGCCGUGUUGAAUAUUCCCAGUUACGCAGGAGGAACCAACUUCUGGGGCGGAACUAAAGAGGAUGAUACAUUUAUGGCGCCGUCGUUUGACGAUAAGAUCCUGGAGGUGGUGGCUGUGUUCGGCAGCAUGCAGAUGGCUGUUUCUAGAGUUAUUAAUCUACAGCAUCACCGUAUCGCACAGUGUCGAACAGUGAAGAUCACUAUUCUGGGAGAUGAAGGCGUCCCUGUGCAGGUGGACGGGGAGGCGUGGAUCCAACCGCCCGGAUACAUCCGGAUCCUCCACAAGAACCGCACACAAACCCUCACCAGAGACCGGGCGUUCGAGAACACUCUGAAGUCGUGGGAGGACAAACAGAGAGGCGAGAUUCCACGGCUUGUUUCCCAGCAUGCAUUGCAGCCAGAGAUCGUCUCUGAAGAGGAGGCCACUCAGAUCAGUUUGUUCGGACAGGCAGCCGGUGCACUGAUACACAGUAUCAGGGAAGCAGCACAGUCUCAUCACACUAUCGAGCAGGAAUUGGCUCAUGCAGUCAACGCCAGCUCUAAAGCCAUGGAUCUGGUGUACGCAAACUCCAAAAGCAGCGGGGGUCUGACCUGUAAUGUGGUGAUGGAGAUGGUCAGUAAUGUCAAAGCUCUGCACAGUGAGACCCAGCUGCUGCUCGCGGGAAAGAUGAGUCUGCAGCUGGAUGCUCCUCAGAGAGAUCAUCUGAGCGCUGCGUUGAGUUCAGUCGCUCUGCAGUUACGCAGACUCACAGACAUCAGCUGGAUCAGUCAGCUCAUCGAGCCGGCCGACGACGAGGGUCAGCUGUCCGAUUUCUCCAAGCGCACUCGUAGCGCUAAAUUCCGCCUCGUGCCCAAAUUCAAGAAAGACAAAAACAACAAAAACAAGGAGACGUGCGCCGCCCUCAACAUGCCAGUGAAUACGUGGGGUGUGGAGGAAGUGGGCGUCUGGCUGGAGAUGCUCUGUCUGUCCGAGUAUAAGGAGAUCUUCAUCAGACAUGAUAUCAGAGGACCAGAGCUGCUUCAGCUGGAGAGGAGAGACCUGAAGGAUCUGGGAGUGACUAAAGUCGGUCAUAUGAAGCGGAUCCUGCAGGGAAUCAGGGAUUUGAGUCGAAACAGCACAACCAGUGAAGCCUAGACACUCCACAGCCAAUCAGAUGCCUCGUUCGGACGUGACACAGCUUCACCCAGCCAAUCAGAUGCUCCGUCACGACUGGAAGCAGCCAUACUCCGCCACUCGACCAAUCACAGUGCCUUCUGUCCUCCACCUGUGUGACAUCAUCGCUUUGGGGGAAAUAUUUUACUUGAUAGAAGGGGGAGAUUUAUCAUGUAAUAU